AUGCCCAGGCCACAUCCCAUGAGCUUCGACUCACAACAUCAAAUGGGUCUAUCUGGUGGGCUUCCGAACCCCGGCACCGCGCAUCGACCCUAUGUACCAUAUAUUCACCCCAUGUCAACACCGCAUGCUCGGCCAUGGUCGGAGGGGUUCCCGCAAAUUCCGGGUCCGCCACCGGUUCCGAUUCAACCAAACCCUCUUGGUAUGCAGUAUGUACAGCCCAACGUGUUUUCCAGACAGACGCCAGAAAAUGAGCUAGGACAGGGGCAGAGUGCCGUGACCUUGGAACCAGAAGCGCAGCUUCACUUUGGCUAUCCACUACAACACCACCCAGUCCAUCCCAUGAGCCAGUUAUCUGGGCCUCUAUCCACGCCUCUGCCGUCCGCUCCCAUGCCUAUGCCUCCAGUUCGCCGACCCAGCUAUCACUCUCUGUCUGCUAUUCCUCCACGAGCCUCACGCGUUCCCCUCUCACCACCUUUUGCAACUCCACCACAUUAUCAUGACCCAUCUCAGCUCCCGCCACACACGCAUCGAAGAUCAGGCCAUUCUAGAGCACGCCGGUCUGUGAACAACCGUUUGACGGCCGCAGAUAUGGGUAGGGAUUUGGAGGAGAACGGCAUACAUGAUGCUGGUGGCCACAGAUCAGACCAACCCCGAGUAGUGAGCCAGUCACAGGGUGUAGUGGGCACAGCCAAUGGGAUCACCACUCAGCAGAGAAUCCACCCCGCAUCGGAAAAGACGACCUCGAGAUUUACACGCUCCAUUUUGGAGAAAGUUAAUAUCCAAGAUUUGCCCGAAACCGAGAGAACUUGCGUUAUUUGCUACAACGACUACGGCGUGAAAACCCCCGAGGGAAUUAAUGAGGACCCUCUGCGGCUGCCAAAAUGCAAACAUGUUUUUGGGAACCACUGCCUGGCGAGGUGGUUUGAGGAUUCCAACAGUUGUCCAUACUGUCGCGACAAGAUAGAGCUGCCGCCUAAGCACCCAGAUCGCGUCGUGAGCCAACUUUUUACGGCCAUGAUGAGUGCUCGCCAUCAGCUUCCCCCUGGAGCAUCGGAAGAGAUGUACUUGAGGUUGAUGUCCAACCUUGUAACCGCUGAGAGUCUUGGAAAUCAAGCGCUUGGUAUUUCGGAAAGGCGCCCGUUCCAAGCCAACGGCGAUUCGGAUUCAUCCUCGUACGAUGAGGACACCACAUCAUCAGCGUCUUCGAGGGCACCAACCGCAACCUCGCCGGUCCGAACCCAGCGAGAUAAUGCGAGACACCCUGGGUGGCUGCCUCGAGCACCCCAACAGCGAGGCGCACAUCCCUCCUUUGGCCAAGAAAGGGACGCCUCCAGGCAGCGUAGAUUUCGAUUGUCACGCGGCAAUAAUUUGUCAAUGGCACCGAACACAGACAGUGACUCGUCAGACCCAAGUCUUUCACCUUUGCAUGCCCAACAACCAGAUGACGUGACCCAAGCAAGCUCAACGAUUCCGAGUGUCAAUGGCGAAGUCAGCGGGGACCUUCGAAAUACCGCAGAUAUCCAUAGCCAGGCAGCAAAUACUUCGGUGGCGUCGACGACUGUGCAGAAUAGAAUCCGGCCAUGGUAAGGAGGGCUGAGGAAUCGGCUCCGUUGAACGUAUUUGUGGGACAGGCUGGCUGGCUCCCAAGUUGAUAAGAUAACACUGCAUCCAUUGGUUUAAACCCAACUUCUUUCUCCUUUUUCUCUUCUUGGUUGUUUCUUGUCGCUCACUCUUGUCUCUGGGGAAUUGAUUCUUGUUUCGAUAGCGAUUUUGAGCGUGUACACGAGUGUGGGCUGUGCCGAUUGGACAUAGAUGGAUAUAUGACUUUUUGUAUAUAGGAUUCAGGAGCAUAGGUAGCAACGAGUCAGCGAGGCAGCAUAGCGAUGAAUUUCAGCGAAUCAAAUGGUAGC